CGGCACCAUGGGCGAAGAAAGACUCUGGAAGCUGAGUUCAUCAUGAGCAUGAUAUUCUUGUCAUCUUGCGCGACUCGGUCCGACCUUGACCAGCAGAACACCGAGUCGGUGUCACAGAUCUGAGGCGACCCAGCAUGAUGAUUCCUUGCCGACCAGUAUGGUGGAGGAAUACAUAGGAUGAAGCUGGGAGAACGAGACAUGGAGUUGCCAGCCAGAAGGCGCCGUGCCUCUUCGUGGAGCAAAGGUCCUUCGAUCAUGCUGGCUCAUUCACUCCAAACCGUCCUGCGUGGCAGCGCGUGGACGGUGAAUGGUGAACGUGCUUUGGCAUGUGUCUUUUCUUGGGGGUUCGGGGGAUAGAUAGCAAGGAUAAACCUCCGUCGAUCAACAGCGCAUAAUACAGACGACAGGCCAG